CAACAGACCCCGCCUCGGUAACUGCGUUUAAUUCGCCCUUCUCUCUCUUAACACGCACCCAAUUUCUAACGAAACUUCUGGUAAACUAAAAGCUUCAGACCUGUUGCAUUUAUCUUAAACAAUUUCUUCUAACAUCUAGGGUUUCUAGCUCGAGGAGGUGUUUGGUUUUGGCUGCUGAAAUGGCUGUGAAAUUGUAUUCGGAAGCUCUUUAGCAAUAAUGCCGGGCAUUCCUUUGGUGGCGCGUGAAACGUCCUCGUACUCUAGAAGCACGGAUCAGAUGUGCCGUGAAGACUCUCGUGUGCAUUUAACUGCAGAAGAGGAAAUUGCUGCUGAAGAGAGUCUCUCUAUCUAUUGCAAGCCUGUAGAAUUUUACAACAUCCUUCAACGGCGUGCUAUAAGAAAUCCAUCAUUUCUUCAAAGAUGUCUGAACUACCAAAUUCAAGAAAAACACAGAAGGAGAAUACAAAUGACAAUUGCCCUGUCAGAUACUGUCAAUGAAGGUUUACAAGCUCAGUGCCCAUUUCCCUUGUACAUUUUGUUGGCAAGACUUGUGUCUAUCACAGAGUAUUCUGCAGAAUAUCACUUCAAUCGAGCCUGUAUUUUGACAAAUUUCACUGGAGUUGAGGGAAGUACUCAGGUUCAGGCAAACUUCGUUCUCCCUGACAUUAAUAAGCUAGCAUUGAAGGCCAAAUCAAGCUCACUAGCAAUUUUGCUUGUCAACUUUGCUGCAACCCCAAAUUCUUUGUGUGGAAUUGAUUUAACCAAGGCUCGUAUGGGUAUGACAUCAUUUCCAUCAAAUGAUGGCGGAUGCUGCCUUUGGGGCAAGAUACCUUUGGAAUCACUUUAUAUGUUGUGGGAGAAGUCCCCAAAUUUGAGUCUGGGACACAGAACUGAGGUGACAUAUUCUGUUGAAAUGCAUUCUUGCUUCUUGAAGUUAAGUUGUCUGAACAAGGAUAAAAGUGUCUCAAUCCAAAAGCCCUUUACUUCUGGAGCCUCAAAUACAUCACAGCGGUUGCAUGUCACCAUUUCAGCAGAAGAGAUAGGGGGAAAGGAAAAAUCACCCUAUAAUUCAUACACUUGUAGUGAUAUUACUUCUUCAUCAUUGUCUCGUAUUAUUCGGUUGAGGGCUGGAAAUGUUGUCUUUAACUACAGAUAUUACAACAACAAACUACAGAGAACCGAAGUAACUGAAGACUUUUCUUGUCCGUUCUGCUUGGUGAAAUGUGCAAGCUUUAAGGGUCUUAGAAACCACCUGCCCUCUUCACAUGAUCUGUUCAACUUUGAAUUUUGGGUUACUGAAGAAUAUCAAGCUGUAAAUGUAUCCAUGAAGACUGACACCUGGAGAUCUGAGGUUGUUGCGGAUGGUGUUGAUCCUAAACAGCAAACAUUCCUCUUCUGCUCAAAAAGACGAAGACUCAAAAGAUUGAAGAACCUAAUUCAACAUUCAAAGCAUGAGAAUCCACUUGUGUUGGGAUCAAACUUGCCUGCGGGAGUUUGUGAGCUUCUUGAAAAGGCUAACGGUGGGAAUGAUUUUCGGAAUGUUAAUGUUGGUGUUGCAGAGUGUGCACAGAGUGUUACUCCCAGCUAUAAUCUUGUGGGAAUUUCAGGUGCUGCAGAACAAUCAUAUGCUGAUCCUGAUUGUCUUCAGUCUGUAUCUGGAAACAAUCUUGCCCCCACUGCUAUGCUACAGUUUGCAAAGACAAGAAAGUUAUCUAUUGAACGUACUGAUCCCAGAAACCGUACCCUCCUUCAAAAGCGACAGUUCUUUCACUCACAUCGAGCUCAGCUGAUGGCAACAGAGCAAGUAAUGUCAGAUCGGGAUAGCGAGGAUGAAGUUGAUGAUGAUGUUGCUGAUUUGGAAGACCGUAGGAUGCUUGAUGAUUUUGUGGAUGUAACUAAAGAUGAGAAGCAAAUGAUGCACUUGUGGAACUCCUUCGUGAGGAAGCAACGGGUGUUGGCUGAUGGUCAUAUUCCGUGGGCGUGUGAAGCAUUUACGAAAUUGCAUGGACAUGACCUUGUCCAAGCCCCUGCCUUGUUGUGGUGUUGGAGACUGUUUAUGAUAAAACUGUGGAAUCAUGGACUGCUGGAUGCACGCACCAUGAACAAUUGUAAUAUUGCUCUGGAACAAUAUCAAAGGCAAGAUUCGGAUCCCAUGAAAAGUUAAAACAGUUGAUUUUUCUUUUUUCUUUUUAUUUUUCUUUCAAAUGGGUGAAUGAAUUUGAGUGAAGAGGAAGAGUUCCCACUCUAUUCAUUUGUCUGAAUCACCGCAUUUCUAGCGUGUGCUGGUUUUUGCAAAGAUUUUUCUCUCUCACUCACCCAUUUGAAAGGCCACUCAAGCUGUUUACUUCGUUCUGUUGCCCCAUGUAACUGAAUAAUUUAAAAAAUGUUGCCGUCAAUCACUUACUUUCAAAAUACCAUUAUUAAAAUUUUAGAGCAAGAGAUUUAGUGCAAA